AUGACGGCCGCAGCGAUAACACGCACAAACGGGACACCCAUCCGGCGGCCGUGGGUACCAGCGCCCAGACAGCUGUCGCUCUGGCGGCGGCAUAAGACGAGACACUGCCCAGCGGCGGCUGCAUCACGCUCGCUCAGCACGCCUGGCACGCCUGGCACGCCUGGCACGCCUGGCACGCCUGACACGCUUCCCGACUCUGAUAGCUGCAGCCUCGCCCCUCGCGAAUCGCAUCCUCGCGUCCUCUGGCCCAAGGGACCCCUAUCGCACCACCGUCCACCCGAGACCCAGUCCGCGCGCGCCGUUCGGCAUCCUCUGUUUGUCCAGCCGAACGCCCUGCCGCGCCAGCCCACCACCACCAACUGCACCGAAGCAGCACUUCCAGCCGGUGUCGGUGUCUGCUUGCCCGCCGUGUCGUCAACGGCAGCACGGCAGCUGCUGCACCACCAGUGA